GUCCGUCCGUCGCCGCCGGGGGCUGGGGCCGAGCGCGGACGCGGCGGGCGCGGGGUGCGGGCAGCGUUGCAGCCGUGACCCUCGCGGCCCGCCGCUGCCCGUCGGCGCCCUUGGCGCCCUGUCGCGCUCCGUGCCGUACUCCGGGGCUGUCUCCCGCCGCAGCUGGCUGGGCGCUGGCCAUGGGCUGGCCGGGGGCGCCGGGGGGCGCCGGGCCGGCGGUGCUGCCCCUGCUGCUGCCCCUGCUGCUGCUCCCGGGGCCGGCGCGCGCCUUCGGGGACGAGGAGGAGCGGCGCUGCGACCCCAUCCGCAUCUCCAUGUGCCAGAACCUGGGCUACAACGUCACCAAGAUGCCCAACCUGGUGGGACACGAGCUGCAAACGGACGCCGAACUGCAGCUGACGACCUUCACGCCGCUCAUCCAGUACGGCUGCUCCGGCCAGCUGCAGUUCUUCCUCUGUUCGGUGUAUGUGCCAAUGUGCACAGAGAAGAUCAACAUCCCCAUCGGCCCGUGUGGGGGCAUGUGUCUAUCGGUCAAGAGGCGCUGUGAGCCGGUGCUCAAGGAGUUUGGCUUUGCCUGGCCAGAGAGCCUGAACUGCAGCAAAUUCCCGCCCCAGAAUGACCACAACCACAUGUGCAUGGAAGGGCCGGGGGACGAGGAAGUCCCCCUUGCACACAAAACGCCCGUCCAGACUGGGGAGGAGUGCCCCUCUGCGGGGACCAGCUCCGACCAGUACAUCUGGGUGAAGCGGAGCCUGAACUGCGUUCUCAAGUGCGGCUACGACGCCGGCCUGUACAGCCGCUCUGCCAAGGAGUUCACAGACGUCUGGAUGGCGGUGUGGGCCAGCCUCUGCUUCCUCUCCACGGCCUUCACGGUGCUGACCUUCCUCAUCGACUCUUCCAGGUUCUCCUACCCCGAACGCCCCAUCAUAUUCCUCAGCAUGUGCUAUAAUAUUUAUAGCAUUGCUUACAUUGUCAGGCUUACUGUCGGCCGGGAAAGGAUAUCCUGCGAUUUUGAGGAGGCAGCAGAGCCUGUUCUCAUCCAAGAAGGACUUAAGAAUACAGGAUGUGCAAUCAUUUUCUUGCUGAUGUACUUCUUUGGCAUGGCCAGCUCCAUCUGGUGGGUUAUUCUGACCCUCACUUGGUUUUUGGCAGCGGGACUGAAGUGGGGUCAUGAAGCUAUUGAAAUGCACAGCAGUUACUUCCACAUUGCCGCCUGGGCCAUCCCUGCCGUGAAGACCAUUGUCGUCCUGAUCAUGAGGCUGGUAGAUGCAGACGAGCUGACAGGACUGUGCUACGUUGGAAACCAAAACCUUGAUGCCCUGACCGGCUUCGUGGUGGCACCGCUCUUCACUUACUUGGUGAUUGGAACUUUAUUCAUCGCUGCAGGUUUGGUGGCCUUGUUUAAAAUUCGGUCAAACCUACAAAAGGAUGGGACAAAGACAGACAAGCUGGAGAGGCUGAUGGUUAAGAUUGGGGUCUUCUCGGUCCUGUACACUGUUCCAGCCACCUGUGUGAUUGCCUGCUAUUUCUAUGAGAUCUCCAACUGGGCUCUCUUCCGCUAUUCUGCAGAUGAUUCCAAUAUGGCUGUUGAAAUGUUGAAAAUUUUUAUGUCUCUGCUGGUGGGCAUCACUUCAGGCAUGUGGAUUUGGUCUGCCAAAACUCUUCACACGUGGCAGAAGUGUUCCAACAGAUUGGUGAAUUCUGGGAAGGUAAAGAGAGAAAAGAGAGGAAAUGGUUGGGUGAAACCUGGGAAAGGCAAUGAAACUGUGGUAUAGAGGCCUUUGCACCUCCACACUCUCCUUGUUUCAAAGGGGUGAUACCAGCAUUUGAGUGCAAGUGCUACUAAAACUCCCACUCAGUGAAUCUCAGUUUGGACAAACUAGCACUCGUAGGUGACUUCCAUCACUCGUUGUCACUCCCGAUCCCCAAUGCAGCAUCAUAAAACUAGUGAUUUUGCUGCAGACUUUGAAACAAUCCCAAAUGCAAAAGCCAAUUAGAGGCUUUCGAAGCUGUGAAAAAUCCAAAUGUUGAUCACUUUAGCAGCUUGGAGCAUGAGGUCCUGCCUGGAUUCUGAAAGCUCCGGCCGGCACUGCUUCCCCUGCGCCUGGGGUUAGAACUUGAGCUGGCAGUUUGCAGGGAGAAGAACGAUUAACUUUUUUAACCCUUUAAAAAUUUAAAAACUAACUGGGACUUUCAGAUAGCAAAGCGAUCUAUAAACACUGGAAAUGCUAGGUUCAGAGAAGUGUUAUGAGACUUUUAUAGUUUGGCUGAUCUAACAUAAACAUUUUCUGUGGCACACUCUGCUGUUUAGAACUUUGUGAUUGCUCUCCCAAGAGGUGGUGUCAGAAUCUUUCAGUGCCUUUGUCAUAAAACAGAAUUGUUUGAACAAACAAAAGUACUGUACAAACACAUAGAGGUAUUCAGUGGGCUUUUGUUUCUCCUCACUUUUUUCUUAAAUUUCAACAUCUCUAUUCUGGGCUGCUGCUGCUUUCCUCAUUUUAUAUUAAUGACUCAAAAAAGGUAUUUUUAUAGGGUUUUUUGCACUGCAGCAUGCCUAAUGAGGGGGGAAAGGAAGGGUGAUUUCACUUAAAUUAGAAGAAAAUGAGAUUUUUUGACAAUCACUUUCUGACAAUCACUUAAAUUAGAAGAAAAUGAGAUUUUCCAAGUGGACUUACCUUACCGACCCCUGAGACCUGUUGCAUUGAGCAACAGGGACUUAAUAGAUUUGACUUUGUGUGAUUGCAUCUAUGAGACGCCAGUCUGGAAGAGCUGAAAUGUUAAGUUUCUUGGCAACUUUGCGUUCACACAGAUUAACUGUGUAAUUUGUGUGUGUCAAUUACAAUUAAAAGCACAUUCUUGGACCAUGACAUAAUAUACUCAACUGACUUUAAAACUCUGGUCAGCUUGCAUUCUCAGAACGAUAGUGCCUUAUUUUCCUUUUACAUAAGAAUGUUAUCAGCGCCUGGUCUAUUGCUACCAUGGAGACUUUCUCAGUUUUGUGGAAGGGUCUAAGGGGAGGGAAGCCAAGCACCCAGUGCCCGGUAAUUGUUGCUGAGGGUUCGGCAAAGCCUUUUGUGAGAUCUCGUUUGGAGGUAGCCUGGCCUGGACUGUUUAUAUAAUGCGUAAUGGAUCUUCAGAAUGCCAGCCAGAAACCUGAUGGUGAGGAGGGAAUAAACUUGUGGACUUAUGGACUGCAAAACUCUUCGCAGCACAGGUCUUAAUUGUGAUUUGCUUGGAGUGGUAUCCGAAGCAUUUAAGCUUUAUACUUAGUGUUUCUCUUGUGAAACUGAAGUGCCUCUUGCCUUUCCUCCAAAGCUGCUGUUCUUUUUACAGCAGUAACUGGCCCCUUCUCUGACCUUCGCUCAUCAGAUCUCUGGGGCAGAUUGGUGAAGACAUCCUGGGCUGCUCUGCUUUGUAACUCAUACCUGUUUUUGCUUCGGCAACUACUUUGCAGUGACUCUUUUCAUUAUUUGCUCAUGCCUUCUCCCCACCUGUCCCCUGCCCCUUUAAAACAGGUGGGAAAGUGCUUAUCACACUUUUUUUGUGGAAAAUUUUUUUUCCAAGGAUUCAAAAUAGGUGAUCAAGUUCUGGAAGUAAUAAGCAUGUCUGUCUCUGUCUGUCUCUGUCUCUGUCUCUUUCUCUGUCUCUCUCUCUCUUUCUCUCUCUCUCUCUCUCUCUCUCUCUCUCUCUCUUUCUCUCUCCCUCUCUCUCUCUGUUUCUUAUGUGAACAUUUUGCCCAUGGUUUGGUAUUUUCCUUCUUUCUUUCCCGAGUUUUCACAUGGUUCUUGAGUUGUCUGAGAUAAAGAUAUACUUUGAGGCAAAUAUGAAGUUUGGGGCAUGUUUUGGAAGGGAAAGUCUUACGGGGGGGUUUGAAACAGAGAAGAGUGGGUCUGGGUGACCCUGGCUGUGUGUGUUGACCGCAGGGACCUUGGCUGGAUUCUGGGCCAGGGCUCCAGGAGCAUGAGAACUGAGCCCCCGAAGGGCCAGUUGAAUUCCAUCUGCGACUCCAUCGGCACUGACGUGUGGGACGCGCCCUCCCUGCGCUGCUCUGCUGCGUUCCCACACUGCUCAGGCUGCACAGGCAUCGGGGCCAGGGCCUGCCCUUACUCACGCUCUGGCCGGUGUCUUGGGACUUGUGCAGAGACACUGGCCAGGAAAGGGAAGGACGACUGUGCAGGGCUGCGGGCCUUGCCUGUGCGGUAUAGGGCUUUACCCUGUCACUUCUGUUGUAAGUUCCAGGGAGUGUGUAAACAGGCAGCUUAGUGGGUGGCUGGGCUCAGAGUCUGUUCUCGGUGAGUGAUGAGGUAGUAAUGACAGCCCACACCUGAGCUCCAAACCUCUGCCCUGACCGCCUCUGGGUUUGGCCUGUCUUUUCACGAACUCUUUCUCCUAGGAAGGUUUGUUACAUUGCAAGUGAUUGUGAUGUCACUGUAGACUGGAUUAGCAGUCUUAGCAAUGUCUCCAGGUCUGGGCCUCUCCUUUAUAGUGGUGACAGUGGAGAGUGUUGACGGCUUCAGGAAGGAGCUUGUGACUAAAGACUCAGUGCCUGUGUCUGCGAGCAGCUACAUCACCUCUUUUGCUGGCCUGCCUUCCUUCCUUCCUUCCUUCCUUCCUUCCUUCCUUCCUUCCUUCCUUCCUUCCUUCCUUCCUUCCUUCCUUCCUUCCUUCCUUCCUUCCUUUUUCUUUCUUUCAUGCUUGCUUGUUGCUUGCUCUUUCUUUCCCUCCCUCCCUCCCUCCCUCCCUCCUUUCCUUCCUUCCUUCCUUCCUUCCUUCCUUCCUUCCUUCCUUCCUUCCUUCCUUCCUUCCUUCCUUCCUUCCUUCCUUCCUUCCUUCUUCUUUCCUUCUUGGUCAAUCAUUGUCACAUCUCUUGAGUGCUAAUUGUGUUAAGGCCUGCCGCAGGUACCUGAGAGGGUGUCAUGGAGGAUAAACUCUGUUCUUCUAACCAACUCAUCCUUAGGGUGCUUCUGUGUCUGUUGAACUUUGCUGUUGGUUUUGGGGGAGGUGCAGGGACCUCUGAAUUCUUUUAUACUCUCUCACUAAGUCUCUUCAGGAUAUUAUCUUUCAUUGAUGUGUCUCUCAUCCCUCUCCCAGUUCAUUCCAGGGAUUUUGACAGAAAGUACCAGUUCUACGUUUUUAUGCUCUCUUUAUGGAAAAUCCUAUGGAAGACUGAAAAUCGCCUCUAAAACAUGAACUCCUGCGUCUAAUGUAGCCUUGGAGGCAGACAGUUCAGGGCUUGAGGUGGCCCGUGUACAUUUUGCAGGUGAAGUUGGACUCAGGAAAAGAUGAGGAUUUUUUAAAAAAAAUCUCUCUUACGUGGGUAGAUACGUGUUUGUGUCAGUGGUCAAACAUCCACUAGCCUUCAGAGAUUCUACUCAGCAGGGCACAAGAGCACUUCCUCUCUGGCACGUGCCUUCCCCUUCUUCGCAAAGGCCAGCGCUUGGCAGGGAAACGGGCUGGGUAGGAACUAGCCGGAGCCCUGUGCUUGAACUGCUUGCUUGACUCCUGUCCUCUUCCUUGGUAGAGACCCAUUUCCUGGUCUCUGAGUGGCUUCUUCGAUGGCAGCUUACUUGGAGACCUGGACCAAGAGAAGGGGGACAGUUUGUCUGAGCAGGCUUUGACCGCCCUCCCCAGCUCCUCUCCCUGCAGUCCUGGCUGUGUGCUCUGGACUGUGCCUCUGCACCACCCCUGCCUCUGUCCUUCUGGGCUCCUUUGAGCCUUCUGGCCACUGAGAGCUGUGCUCGUUGUUCUGGAAAUGAAGCUAAGAGGGACUCUACUUGGAGAGCAGGGUGAGAUGGCGGGAGUCCAGCCUGGGGAUCCGUCUGGUUCUGGAGAGGGACGGUGCCUCGGAGGAAGGCCCACCUACCCGCGGAAUCUGGUUCUGUAAUGGAGGGAGAGUUGCUGUCCAACCAUGUAGGCCAAGUCACUGGACUCUGAUGGUUUCUUUGGUUCCUUACUGAGCUCAGAGCCCCUGUGUGGGUUUCUGCUGUGUCUGGCAGAGGACACCGCUUACCACUGUUCCUCUGCGCUGAGGUUGCAGAUCUUGGAAAUUCCUAGGAGAACAUUUUGCUCCGACAAAGGAUCAGAUACACUCCUGGGCUGUUUCCUUGGGCCUGGCCAGCGCUUUCUGCUGCUCACGUGGCAUCAUGGCACACUGGAUAGAACUAGGAAGGGGGAGAGACUGGAGCCUGCUUGCCCCCUGGUAGCCCCAUUGUCUGUCUAGGUUAUCCGGUUAUCUCUCUUUGCACUAGAGAAUCCCCAGUGCUCACCAGGGCAGUCGGCCCAGGACUGUUUUGGGUUCUAUAUGAGUCAUGUCCUGAAGCCAUUUUACCUUUCCGAUGCCUGAGUAGUCAUCCCAGAGGCUUCUGGGAGAGGGACAAGGGCACUACACUGCACAUCUGCUUGCGUUCUGCCCUGUAGAUCGCACACUCUCGCUCCAGAACUUUCCCUACCUCACAGGGAUGUUGUGAGACUGUAGAGGGUUCAAGAAUGAAGGCCCCUUGAGCUCUUUCUAUGCAAGGCAAAAUACUUAGCAGACAUGAUUUGUGGGGUAAAGAAAUCGUGAAGGUGUGGCUGUCACACCCUUUGGGGCCCUUGCGUGGAGGCUUAUGUCCCCUUUAGCUCCAGCUACCUUGAGGUCAAGGUCAGAUGUUCCACCUACAGGGAUCAGGCAAGUUCCUGCUUCUCAAUCCCUGGAUGAAUUUCUGAACUUCAGAGGAAACAGACCCUGCUUUUUAAGGAUGUACAAAAGUAUGUCUGCAUUGAUGUCUGUACUGUAAAUGUCUAAUUUAUCACUGUACAAAAGGACUUUGCUAUUUAAUUUUUGUAUUAAAGUGAAAUAAAGUUUGGUUUAUUAACUGG